UUCGUAUUGGCGACGACAAUUUGCAACCCUUAGCUUGUCAUUGUUGUUUUCUGAUUGCAAUGAAAUUAUUUCAAGUAUAUCUUCGAUAGAUGUUACGUUCUUAAGAAUAUUGUUAAAUUUAAUGGUAUGGCUGAAUCCAGGCAUUUAUGGACUCAUGCAGAAACUAUUGCUCUCAUCGAUGUCUGGGAACAAAGGUAUGAACAACUAAGAAGUCAAAGAAGAACUGCUCAUGUUCACGAAGAAAUGCAAGCAGCAUUAUGUGCUAUAAACAUAGAAAAAACUAUUCGCCAGAUAGUUGUCAAGAUUGACAAUUUGACUCAAAAGUACAGGAAAACGAAGUCUUCUGGGAAGCAUAACCCUACGUGGAUCUAUUUCAAACGGCUGGAUUCCUUUAUAGAUCGCCGGCAUAGCCGUAGACAUGAAACCAAUAACAACUAUGACGAUCAAGUUACUAACGAUAUUACUAAGAUUGACGAAGCUUCAGCUGUUUCAGGUGCUGGGAUGGGUCAGUAUCCUAGCAUAUCAAUUGCUAAUUUUCAAGGCCACGACUGGAGGAAUGCCUGCGCUGCCAUCGAUUUGUCCACUAAAAUGAACCGAAACGCAGCUUAUGAAGAAGAAUUAGCUGGCUACAGACUUGAGUUACUCUCUGUCAUUUCCAGCUUAGUUGAAAUCCAGAGGCAUUCAUUGGCUGUGCAAGAAAAAAUCAUCACUCUGGCCACCAGAAUGGCUAACAGCUUCUAUGAUUCCCAUUCAAAUGUGAAAUGUGAAGCAGACCAUCAAUGACUGUGUCAAGAUUGUUUCAUGCAAACUGAGAAAUUAAUAAAUGAAAUUCAAUACUAAA